AUGGAUGUCGGAUCCCACCACCAUCAUCAUAAUGGCAGUUCCAGCAACACGACCAGCGGGGUAUAUCCGAAGCCGGCAUCAUCCAUCAACUUUGGCCCGGAGUUGUUGGCCGCCGUGUGGACCAUGAGCGCAUUGUCCAUCGUGGUGGUGUCGCUACGAUCCAUCGGAAAUGCCAAAUUUGGUAAUUUUCAGAUCAGUGAUCUGGUUACUUUGUUCGCGCUGAUUCUGCUCUUCAUCGCGGCUGUGCUGUCCACCGUCGCAGUGGACUACGGCUAUGGACAAACCGCCAGCUCGCUGGAACUGCACCACGCGAUGAAUUCCCUGAAAUACUCCACCAUCAGCCAAGCCAUCGUAACUUUGGCCGCCACAGCCGGCCGUCUAGCCUUUAUUGUCUACCUGAUUGAACUUCUCGCAGCGCGGAAACUCCACCGUAUCAUUCUCUGGAUUCUAGUCCCUUGCCAGGUCAUCGUCAACGUCAUCAGCGUAUUCCUACUAUUCUACCAAUGCACGACACAUAUCGACGAGCUCUUCAACCCAAGUGAAUCCAACCACUGCAUGUCAUUAACUGUCCAAAUCGACUAUGCCUACUUCCAGGGAUCAUUCAACUCCGCCUGCGAUCUCCUCCUCGCCAUCUUCCCCAUCUACAUCUUCUGGCACUUCAACUGGAACAUCAAAGUGAAACUCGUCCUCAUCUCCCUCCUAAGCCUCGGCGUCGUCGCAAUGGCCGCCUCCCUCGUCAAAACCCUCGAAUACCCCGGCAUCAUCAGUUCCACCAACCCGCGAACCAACCGCGUAACCCUUCUCCGCUGGAUGUUCAUCGAAGCCGGAAUCGUGCUCAUCACAGCCUCAAUCCCAUGUCUCCGCCCCCUCAUCAUCCUCUGGAUAAGGAAACUCCUCAAACGAACCCCCACCCGCCACCAGAAAAUGCCCAAUACCAACAACAACAACGUCCAAGAAAGCACCCAAACACGAAACACAUUAUUCAAUAUGGGCCAAGUAACAGAAGAUUGGAAACAACGAUGGAUUAUGCCAUAUACGCAGGACCAUGCCUCUGGGGAGAGUUUGGAAAGAUAUAUUCUGGGGAAUAUUACCACGCAUAUAUUUGCAGGCGAUAGGGAGUUUCUCGAUAGAUGUGUUCCGAGGAAUGGGAUUGUGAAGGAUGUGCAGGUUGAGGUGGUGGUGGAUGAGAUUCCAUUGACGGAGGUGGAGGAACAUACCUGA